AUGUGGGCGGGGCGCCUGCGGGCGCUGCGGGACGCGCCUUUGGCCUUUUCGAGGUGGACCGCCGGCGAGCUGUGGGUGCAGCCGGCCGUCAGCCUGCGCCACUGGCGAGGAUACGGAGGGCGGACGGCGGGCCCGCACCUGGACCACGAAAUCGAUUUGGACUACACUUCCCCGACAGACAUUGCCUUCAAGGAGAGCAGACAGAUACGCAAAUAUCGGCAAAGGGUGGAGGAUGCUCUGGUGGGAAGCCUCCUGGGCGAUGGCGUCCUGCACGACGAGCUCAUACGAACGAAGGGUUUCACUGUCUGUGAGGUGAGAGUUAGGCAAGACAAGCAAGUCGCGUACAUUCAGUGGAGUUGCUUCCCAGGGAAACGAACUGAUGCUCAAAACACCAUCAACAGGCACAUGAAACGGAUACGAAAAUCGUUGGGGGACAGGCUGGCGUCAAGGUCCACACCCCACUUGCAGUUUUGCCAUGACAGUCUGACUGCUGAGCAGAGAGAAGUUGAGCAGGUCUUCAGCGAGCUAGAGAACGAAGGUCUCCAGGACAAGUUGGAGGGAAUGCUGCCUCCCCGCCUGCAUGUGGACCCGGAGGCGUUCGAACAGGAACUGCUGCAGAAGGCCAGGAAGCGAAAGGGCUGA